GUGGGAUCUUCCCGGCCAGGGCACGAACCCGUGUCCCCUGCAUCGGCAGGCGGAGUCUCAACCACUGCACCACCAGGGAAGCCCGGAACCACAACUUUUCUAAGCUGAAGAAAUGUCAACCAUUGGGAGUUUUGAAGGAUUGCAGCCUGUGUCUCCGAAGCAAGAGGGAGAUGACCAAACCUCUGAGACUGAUCAGCUGUCCACGGAGGAGGGUGACCCAGGCACUGUCUCAGGGCCAAGGCAGACUUCAAGGCCUCCAAGUGUGACCGAAUCAGCACCCUACCCCAGUCCCUAUCACCAACCUUAUAUCUCACGGAAGUACUUCAUUACACGGCCAGGGGCCAUUGAGACUGCCACAGAAGACUUGAAAGGCCACAUUGCCAAGACUUCUGGAGAGAACAUUCAAGGCUUCUGGCUCUCGACAGAGACAGACCACUGGAACAAUGAGGAGAGGAUUUUGCUGGUCACAGACAGGAUUCUCUUGAUCUGCAAAUACGACUUCAUCAUGCUCAGCUGUGUGCGGUUGCAAUGGAUUCCCCUGAGUGCUGUCUAUGGCAUCUGCCUGGGCAAGUUUCCCUUCCCUACAAUGUCACUGGACAAGAGACAAGGAGAAGGCCUUAGGAUCUACCGGGGAAGUCCAGAGCAGCAGUCACUAUUAUCCGGUUGGAACCCGUGGUCCACUGAGGUGCCUUAUGCUACCUUCACUGAGCACCCUAUGAAAUACACCAGUGAGAAGUUUCUCGAAAUCUGCAAGGAAAUUUGGAUCUCAGUUCCAAACUACUGCUCAGUCUCUAUGUUAAGGAAGACUUGAAGGUAAUUUUUUCAACUAUGACCUUCUAAGUUGAGGAUAAGAGGCACAUGAGAAAUGAAGGUCCAGUCUAAUCGUGGUUUGGUGCUUGACGUCUGCUGAGUCUUGGGAGAAUGGCUUGGUCUCCCUGAGCUUCCAUUUGCUUGAUAGCAAAGUGAGAUGGGACAUUUCUACAGCGAGUUGAUAGUUA